GCCCAGGAACGUCCAUUUCAGAAGAAAGACAAGAUGGAGUCAGACACAGAGAUUCCUGAGUUCAGCUCCUCUCUAAUGACAAGGAGGCCAGACUGGAAGAAACCUGCCAUUCUCAGCACUACACAGGAGAUGGCUAUGGGCUGGAGCCCAAGGCCCCAAGGAAGGAAUUUCCAAAGCCACUGGUCCUUGAUAUCUGAAGGCUCUCCCGAGCUGUCAGGGUUCAGCCCCACAGUCACCUUCAGAAAAAGGCUUUCAACUGUUCAGGAUUUAGAGAGUCCCAGUGAGCAGGAGGAGCCCCAUUCAGACCAUUUAGCUGCAGAGGAAGAACCAUGCAUGUCAACCUCACUGAACAAGGAGCAGCAUCAAAAGACAGAGGCCCUGCAGGCAAUGAGCUGGCCAAGGAAUUCAGGGAUACCUGGAAUUUCGGACAUCGCCUGCCAGAAGAGACGAGACCCAAAGAAGCGGGCAGCUGCAAUGCAACGCUUGCGGCAAUGGGAGGCCCAGAUGCUUCAGGAAAUUGAGGAGGCAGUUCAUCAUGAGCUUACCAUCCAAGAGGGGGUCCUUAGCACUGAGCUCCUGGACCAAGCCCAGGGGCCACUUAGCAUCAGUACAGUCAGUGUAGAUCCCCAGGACCCUGGUGCCUUGGCAUGACUCAAUUGUCUACACCGCACACUCCAGCUGGCCCAGGAGCGGGCCAGCAGCUGUGACUAAAUGGGAAAUCCAGCUUCUACACGAGAGUCUAGGUGGUCAUUUACUUUAUAUUUAAACAUCUGCAUGUUUUACAAGCUACAUCCUAUUAAAAUAAUUCUCUAUUUUCAUUUGUGUAAUUAUCUGGUUAUAAAAUCAGCCUUGUGAAAGUGUCAGAGCCUUAUUAAUUUUUCAAAUAAGACAGAGUACUAUUUUUAAAACCUGAUUGGAACUGUGUAACAUGGAGAUGAAUGCAUCAGAGAAAAGCUCUUCCAAUCUUCAUUAUUAAAAAUAAACUCUUUUCAUGAG